AUGUCUGAGACUCACUCCCCAAAAAAAAGACAGGUAGAACUGGCAUCGACCUUCAUAGAUUUAGAAGCUGUAGUCGACGUGGAAGAAGACGACAAUGAUCCUGACGAAGAAAUGCUCCUGAGUGAAUUUGCACCUCAGUUGACGAUACUUAUACCCCCUAUAGAUGAUCUUAUUGACAAUGAGGAGCCGGACAACAACGAAACUGGAGCACAAUGGAACUUGUUGCGUGAAUUCGAUUCACGAGGAGGAGAUAUCGAUGCUGGAUGGCAGAGUUUCAUGGAACGCGCUCACAUUCGAUCAGUUGAUGACAAAAGUCACAGCCUUCCUGAUUAUCAAGGCCCAAGGACUGAUGACUAUCGUCUUUACGAAAUAACUUGUCCAAUUGGGAAAGAAGAAACCACCAUUUUCCAAAUCCUUCAAGCAUUUGUGAAUUGGAGCACAGUGUCUCCUCCUGUGAGAUCAGCCAUUGCUCACAAUUGCCAUCCUGGAUGA